UCUUAAAGUCGAUGAGCCAGCACUUAACCAAAUGGCAGAAACGACUUGUUUUGUUUGUUGUCGAUUGACACGCUUAGCUUAAACUGAUAUAUUUUUUCAAAGAGGGCCAGGUUUGCUUUGCAAAUGUUUGAAGAACAAACCCGUUUAGAACGGAACAAUAAUCCAAGGAAAAAAUAGAACAUUUGAGCUCUGGCUUCAUUAGACGAGUCAUGCAACCAUGUUUUUGUUUUUGGCGGGAAACGUUGUUUUGUGAGGCCCCCUGUCAAAUAGUGUCAGUCGGCUUGUGGUAAAAUUUCGUUUAUACGAUUGAAUUAAGAAUAAUAAUGGCUUCCUAUUCCGGAAAUCUAACGCAACUAAGUGAUCUUUUCGGAACAGCGGAUACUAUAUCAGAGACCGAAGACGCCGAAUUCUUAUCUGCUUCUGAAGCCGUCAAGAAACUCGAAGAGAGCUGGCUCAAUGAAAUGCUCGCCCCAGAAUUAUUAUCUCCACAGACUGAGCUAGUUGACUGUCUUUUAGAGCAGACAAAGAACAUGGAAGAGAAUCUGAUGGCCAUUUCUAAAUCAGAUUUUCGAUUUGCUUUGCAUCGAAUGGAAGUUGAAAGAAUACGCUAUGUAGUUACAUCAUACCUAAGAAUACGUCUGGAGAAAAUAGAAAAAUUCCUUGGCUACUUGUUGAACAAUGAAAACAAAAGACAACGAAAUGAACCAAGUUUGCUUACUGAAGAUGAAUUAAAAUUUGCACAAGAACUAAACUCCAACACAGAAACCCACCUAAAAACUCUUGGACUUAGACACAUGCCUACAAACAUGAGAGAAAUCAACACCCAAAAAUUCAUUACAACUCCAAACCGAGACAGCUACGUUUUCGUAUGCGUUAAGGAUGAUGCCCCCUCAGUUCUUGUGAGCGAUGGCACUAGCGAGGGUGAAAUAGAAGUGGAACUGCUGAAGAAUUCUCAACAUUUACUUCCGUAUAGAUCAAUUUCAAGCUUGUUACAAAAUAAUACGGUCAAUUUGUUGUAAUUUAAAUAAUUUAAUUAAAGCUACACUUGGUUUUUUUUAAUGUAAAUUUCUUCAGGAAUACAAGUAAAUUACAAAAUUA